GGCACUUCUCCCACAGCAUAUGAGUGCGUUCCUCAUCACGCACCUGUUUGAAGAUGCGCAAACCGGAUCCCUAGAUGCACCGAACGUGACGAAGGAAGAGGUCGCAACACUCUAUCGAAUUCAAGAAGAUUUGGCGGAUCGAAAAAUACCUGAAGAGACCAUACAGGAGUUGCGUCUUGAUGAAACAAUGGUUGAUGAACAACAAGAAGAAGAGCUUUUUGAACCGACAGAAGAAUUGCCGUCUAGUAGUCUCACGUCGGAUAACAAGGAUGAAUGUGACGUCGAGAUGAAGAAGAAAGAGAAAAACCGAAACAAGAAAAUCAAGGAACAUAGAAGAAAGGACGGAAAACGGCACUUAGCUUUGUACAAAACGUGGCGCGAUCUGCAGCCGGCGACACCACCC